UGGACUGUAACUUUUUUUGAAAUGAAAGUAUCCGCGCGUGUGACUUGAACAGUUGUGCUUGGCUUUCAUGCUUGUUGUUCCAAGGGAAAUAGUGCUCAGGAAAAAAAAGAAAGCAAGAAUGAAGCUGUGUGGAACAUUCCUAGAAAAUGAGUUCCGAGGCAAACUGCUGAGUCAAAGGUGGACCCGUGGAGAAAAGAUCAGCAGUUGCGAGACAGCCAAAGGCCUCCACAGCAGGCACAUCAAGAUGAGUUUAGAGAAUGACGAUAAGCGAGCACGUACACGAUCAAAGGCAAUCAGAGUGCCUACAGAACUCAUUGGCCAGGAGGUGAGCUGCCCUACUCCAGGAUGUAACGGAUCAGGACACAUCCGGGGGAAGUACGCAAGACACAGGAGUUUACAAAGUUGCCCCCUCGCAAAGAAGAGGAAACUUCAAGGUGCAGAAGCAGAACAUCUGGCAUCCAAGAGGAAAUCCCACCCGCUUAAACUAGCCCUCGAUGAAGGCUACAGCAUUGACAGCGAUGGCAGCGAAGAGGCAGAGGCGAAAGAGGAGUCUGUGACGGAUGACUCCGAGGGCACGCUGGAGGAGGAAGAGGCAGAAGCAAUAGACCAAGAGGAGGCCUGUCCACCGGAAGAAGGCCAAAUAUCAGAAGGAACUCUUGCAGGCAAGGGGCAGGUGUCCAAAAGCGAAGGACAGGUCUCCAACACUGGGGAGGACGUGCACUUGCUACAUGAAGGAGCAGCGGAGGAGGAGGAGGAGGAGGAGGAAGAAGAAGAAGAGGAAGAGGAAGAGGAGGCAGUUGAGGAGGAAUGUGAAAAGGAGAUCAUCAUCCAAACGGAGGAUGCGGAAGAAGUCGUUGAGGUCACCAGUGAACGCAGUAGUGAUUUGUGCCUGGAACAUCAGGAUGAUGAGGUGAGCUAUGAGGAGUCUUGCAAAUUGCAAAAGGAGGAGGAAGACGAGGAAGAGGAGGAGGAAGACAAUGAAGAGGAGGAGGAGGAGGAGGAAGAUGAAGAGUAUGAGGAAGAGGAGGAGGAGGAAGAAGAGGAGGAGGAGACAUCGACUGCAGUGAUCUGUGAAGAAGCUCCUCACACAUCUCAGGACUCCCCAAAAACCCACUGUGAAGGACAGAUAGUCGGCUCCAAGCCUGAGUAUUCUGUCAUUGUGGAGGUGAGAUCAGACGAUGACAAGGAUGAUGAUUGCCACUCCCAGAAAUCCACUGUGACUGAUGAAUCUGAGAUGUAUGACAUGAUGACCCGGGGAAACCUGGGUCUCUUGGAACAGGCCAUUGCUCUGAAAGCUGAACAGGUUAAGGUUGUGAGAGAGCCUGGCCAGCAGCUGGCCGGGGAGCAUGUGAAACUUUUCCAGGUCGAGGACAAGCAAAACAAAGCCCUGGACUCCAUCAGAAAGAGCUACUACAGCAAAGAUCCUUCAAGACCCGAGAAGCGAGAAAUCAAAUGCCCAACCCCUGGCUGUGAUGGCACAGGGCAUGUCACAGGGCUGUACCCUCACCACCGCAGUUUGUCUGGCUGCCCGCACAAAGACAGGAUCCCUCCUGAGAUCUUGGCCAUGCACGAGAAUGUAUUAAAAUGCCCGACGCCAGGGUGCACCGGACAAGGCCACGUGAACAGCAACCGCAACACUCACCGAAGCUUAUCCGGGUGCCCCAUCGCCGCUGCUGAAAAACUAGCCAAAUCUCACGAGAAGCAGCAGCCCCCAACUGGUGACCCAUCAAAGAGCAGCUCAAAUUCUGAUCGGAUACUCAGGCCGAUGUGCUUUGUGAAGCAACUGGAGGUGCCUCAGUACGGGAGCUACAGGCCCAAUAUGGUUCCUGCCACGCCAAGGGCCAACUUGGCCAAGGAGCUGGAGAAGUACUCCAAGGUCACCUUCGAUUAUGCAAGUUUUGAUGCUCAGGUUUUUGGCAAACGCAUGCUUGCCCCAAAGAUUCAGACUAGCGAAACCUCACCUAAAGCCUUUAAAUGCUUCGACUAUUCCCACGAUGCGGAAGCUGCGCAUAUGGCUGCCACUGCCAUUUUGAACCUCUCCACUCGCUGCUGGGAAAUGCCUGAGAACCUCAGCACCAAGCAGCAAGAUCUCCCCAGCAAGUCAAUGGACAUUGAAGUGGAUGAAAACGGGACUCUGGAUUUAAGCAUGAACAAGCACCGGAAACGGGACAGCGCCUUCCCCAGCAGCAGCAGCUGCAGCAGUAGCCCCAGCAUCAAAUCCCCAGAUAUAUCCCAACGCCAAAACAGCACCAGUGCCACAAGUAGCACCAUGACCUCACCCCAGUCCAGCCACACGUCCCGCCAAGAUGAAUGGGAUGGGCCCAUCGACUACACCAAACCAAAUCGACAGCGGGAAGAGGAGCCAGAAGAGUCAGAGGCUGCCGUACGUUCCUUCGCCUCUUCCGAAGUAGAUGACCAAGAAGUACCUGAAGAAAACUUUGAAGAGAGGAAGUAUCCUGGGGAAAUCACCUUAACCAACUUCAAACUCAAAUUCCUUUCCAAGGAGAUCAAGAAAGAGCUACUUACUUGCCCUACCCCAGGCUGUGAUGGCAGCGGACACAUCACGGGGAAUUAUGCCUCUCACCGCAGCCUUUCUGGUUGCCCUCUUGCUGACAAGAGCCUCAGAAAUCUCAUGGCUGCCCACUCUGCUGACCUCAAGUGCCCAACGCCCGGCUGUGACGGCUCCGGCCACAUAACAGGAAAUUAUGCAUCACACAGGAGUCUGUCGGGCUGCCCUCGUGCCAAGAAAAGUGGGAUCAAGAUCACCCCCACAAAGGAUGACAAAGAGGAUCCAGAGCUGAUGAAGUGCCCUGUUCCCGGUUGUGUUGGGCUUGGACACAUCAGUGGCAAAUACGCCUCCCAUCGCAGUGCCUCGGGGUGCCCCCUCGCAGCCCGGAGGCAGAAAGAAGGGUCUCUCAAUGGUUCGUCCUUUUCAUGGAAGUCCCUCAAGAACGAGGGUCCCACUUGUCCAACCCCAGGUUGUGAUGGCUCAGGUCACGCAAAUGGAAGCUUCCUCACUCACAGAAGCCUGUCGGGGUGUCCAAGAGCUACUUUUGCUGGGAAAAAGGGGAAAAUCUCAGGGGAUGAAAUUCUCAACGCUAAAUUCAAGACCAGUGAUGUUCUAGAGAAUGACGAGGAAAUUAAGCAGUUAAACAAAGAGAUUAGUGAGCUGAAUGAAUCCAACACUGAGAUGGAAGCAGCCAUGGUGAAGCUGCAGUCACAGAUCUCAAGCAUGGAGAAGAACCUCAAGAACAUUGAGGAGGAGAACAAGAUUAUAGAGGAGCAGAAUGAAGCCCUCUUCCUUGAGCUCUCAGGGCUGAGCCAGACUCUUAUCCAAAGUCUUGCCAAUAUCCGCCUUCCACACAUGGAGCCAAUCAGUGAGCAGAACUUUGAUGCGUACGUCAACACCCUUACUGACAUGUACACGAACCAGGAAUGCUACCAGAAUCCUGAGAACAAGGACCUGCUGGAAAGCAUCAAACAGGCCAUUAAAGGAAUUCAGGUCUAAUUACAGUGGGACAAAGAAGAAAAAUAGGGGGGGAAAUAAAAAUUUUAAAAAAGAAGACGUUAAAAGUAACUGGAAGGACCUUCACUCUGCAUAUUCAGGUUUACAAGUUAGGAAACUUGUUGAAUGAAUGAAUAAAAGGACCAAAAUUUAACCAAGAGGCCAUUCACAAGAAGCAGAACUGAACUCAAAUGUUUUCGUUUACUCAGUGGCAUUUCUUUGGCAAACUGUGGGGCUUUGUUUUGUUUUUAUUUUUCACCCCAUACCGUGUGGUGGUGGGAGUCAAAGAUGGUGUUGGGAGCAGAUGGAGAUCAAUGGUCUUCACAAGCUGCUAGGCACCUCCACCAUCAAAGAAAGUUCCAUAAUAGAAUUAGUCCCGGGUUUAGAGCAUUCAAAGAACAGGGCUUUUGUCUGCGCCGCAACGAGAUCCACAACCCUGUAUCACUUAUGGUCAUGUUCCCAAGAUAACACAUGAUUGAUGUGGCAUGUUGUAGUACGUGAGAAGCAGGAGCUGCAGGCGAGCUACCCAUCUGAAUCUGCUGGACAUGAGAACUCUUACAAGUAUUCUAGAGUAGCAUUAUUUUUUAUUUUCUGAAAGAGCAGCUCUGGGUCUCCAGUAGAAAGCGCAAUGGAAAAAAAAAAUAGGUUCUCAGGGAAGCUUUUUUUGGAGUUUGCAACUACAGUAUUCCUUUGUCCGUAUUAAAAAUAAAAAAAAGAUAAUAGCUAUUAAUGAACAGACCAAUAUUGGAACAUUUCGUAUGGAAGAAUUUUAAAUGUGUCAUGGUCCAGUGUACAUGAGUAUGGAAAGUCCUUUUGCUGACCGUUCUGGUUCUGUUUGUUGUCGUGGUCAUCGUUGCGUAGCUGCACAGCGCUGCAGACAUCCAUGCCGGAGACAUGUAUAAGAAGCGAUUAGGAACAAAAGGAAGUCUACAAGGAGUAUUUACUCUUGGCUAUGGACUUUGGCUCAUAAUACAUGGCAAUGUUUCUUGGUUCUGAGCUUUGUUUUCUACAUUUUUUUAAAAAAAAAUAAGUUUAACAAAACAGAGUGAUCACCAUUCUACAGAAGGAACAGUUGGGUAUAGAUCUUCCAAAGAACCACUUUGUUUUGUUUUGUUAUUACCCCUUUGGUACACAUAGUCCGCUGUGCACUUA